GGUGUUUUGGCUGUAAGAAUCCUUUGCAGGAAACUUUACUCUCUUUGUCGUCCUGACCAUGCCCGCACCUUACUUUGGAAGCUGCCUUUGCGGCGGCAUCCAGCUUACCGUUGCCUCGGAGCCCACUGCCGUCCUUUCGUGCUUCUGCGAGCACUGCAGCAAGGGAGCGGGCGGCACAAACCAGAUUGUCGCCAAGUUUGCACAAGCUGAUGUCAACAUCACGUCGGGCACCCAACUCAUUACCACUUACACCUCUACCGAUACAUGCAGCGGGGCUCCCAAAGCCAAGGCCUUCUGUCAAAUGUGCGGGGCCCCGCUGUGGACGGUUCCGGCAUCUGCACGCGGCACCCACCUGCUGAUCCGCCCGAGCCUGCUUUCCGAGUGGCAGCACUUGAAGCCGCGAGCUGAGAUUUUUGUUGGCCAUCGACCUCCGUGGGUCACCCCGGUGGAAGGGACGGAGCAGUGGCAUGGUGCGCGAGGAAACUGAGAUCCGUUCAGGGAGUCAGGUAUUCCGGAUUCAAUUGUGAUCCGAACUCGGUAUGUGGGGCCAGCUCGGAAAGGCGACCGAGGCCAAGAAAAAGAAUGGAGAAAAAUGUUCAAUAGUCC